CGCGGGUGGGCGGGGCCGGGCGGGAGCGGGAGGGGCGCGGAGCCGAGCCGGGCCCGCGCCUCGCGCCCCGCCGGGCGGGCUUCGGGCUGCGCCAGCGAGCCGGGCACGGAGCGCCGGCGCCCGACACCCCGCGCGGGACCCUGACGCAGCGAAGCACCGUCUCACUACCCCCCACCUCCACCCGCUGCGUGCCCACGAUCACCGAGAUUGCUUCCGAGGCUUGCUCCUGCCCACUCCCAGGUCUCUGGCAUACUCGUCUCUCUGUUGGCACCAGUGCACUCAGAAUCAGGAGCAGACGCCUGCAGGGUGCCCCCGCCCCCAUGCCCGGUGUGACUAUUUGAGCGUCUACACCCGCAGCAGAGAUUGCCUGCAGCGGCUGUACUGUCCAGCUGGAUCCCGCGGACCUCUGAGGCAGGUGUUCCCAGGUGCGGACUCGAGACAAAGGAACGAGGAAGCGGGGCCUCUCUGAGACAGAGGAGCGAACUGGAGUCCGGCAUGGCUCAGCCUGUCCGUCCCGAGUGGCGCCGCCGGCUCGGGCCAAGCCCGGACUGCGAGAGGGAGGCGCCUGGCCCCUGCAGACCGGGCCUCAGAGGGUCCCAGCCUUGAGCCCCGGCGGCCCCCCACCCCCUUGGAGAGGCAGGGCCCCCCACCCCACCCCGGCUUAGUCAUGGCGAAGUUGGAGACACUGGCCGUGCGUGCAGACCCAGGGCGGGACCCCCUCCUGGCCUUUGCCCCACGGCCCUCUGAGCUCGGACCCCCGGACCCUCGCCUGGCCAUGGGCAGUGGGGUAGCCCACGCUCCUGAGUUCACCAUGAAGAGCGUGGGCACCCGCACGGGGGCUGGGGGCGGCCAGGGCAGCUUCCCCGGCGCCCGCAGCAGCGCCAUGGGGGCCAGCAGGGAGAGGCCAGGCCGCUACCCCUCGGAGGACAAGGUUCUCGCCAACUCCCUCUACCUCAAUGGCGAGCUGCGGGCCAGUGACCACACCGACGUCUGCGGCAACGUGGUGGGCAGCAGCGGCGGCAGCAGCAGCAGCGGCAGCAGCGACAAGGCCCCCCCGCAGUACCGCGAGCCCAGUCACCCACCCAAACUCCUGGCCACUUCCGGCAAGCUAGACCAGUGCUCAGAGCCAAUAGUCCGGCCUUCCGCCUUCAAGCCCGUUGUACCCAAGAACUUCCACUCCAUGCAGAACUUGUGUCCCCCGCAGACCAACGGGACCCCUGAGGGACGACAGGGCCCAGGCGGCCUCAAGGGCGGACUGGACAAAUCUCGGACCCUGACUCCGGCGGGCGGGGGCGGGGGCGGCCUCUCCGACUCAGGCCGGAACUCCCUCACCAGCCUGCCCACCUACAGCUCCAGCUACAGCCAGCACCUGGCGCCCCUCAGCGCCUCCACCAGCCACAUCAACCGCAUCGGCACCGCCAGCUACGGCACCAGUGGUGGCAGUGGCGGGGGCGGCGUGGGCGGCGGCGGUGGGUCCGGCUACCAGGACCUGGGGACCUCUGACAGCGGCCGCGCCUCCAGCAAGAGCGGCUCCUCCUCGUCCAUGGGGCGCGGGGGCCACCUGGGCGGCGGGGAGGGCGGCGGGGCCGGCCUGCCGUUCGCCGCCUGCUCGCCGCCCUCGCCCAGCUCUCUGAUCCAGGAGCUGGAGGAGCGGCUGUGGGAGAAGGAGCAGGAGGUGGCGGCGCUGCGCCGCAGCCUGGAGCAGAGCGAGGCGGCCGUGGCCCAGGUGCUGGAGGAGCGGCAGAAGGCGUGGGAGCGCGAGCUGGCCGAGCUGCGGCAGGGCUGCAGCGGGAAGCUGCAGCAGGUGGCCCGCCGCGCCCAGCGCGCCCAGCAGGGCCUCCAGCUGCAGGUGCUGCGGCUGCAGCAGGACAAGAAGCAGCUGCAGGAGGAGGCGGCCCGGCUGAUGCGGCAGCGGGAGGAGCUGGAGGACAAGGUGGCCGCCUGUCAGAAGGAGCAGGCCGACUUCCUGCCCCGGAUGGAGGAGACCAAGUGGGAGGUGUGCCAGAAGGCGGGGGAGAUCUCCCUCCUGAAGCAGCAGCUGAAGGACUCUCAGGCCGACGUGUCCCAGAAGUUGAGUGAGAUCGUGGGGCUGCGCUCCCAGCUGCGGGAGGGCCGGGCCUCCCUGCGCGAGAAGGAGGAGCAGCUGCUCAGCCUGCGGGACUCCUUCGGCAGCAAGCAGGCCAGCCUGGAGCUGGCCGAGGGGGAGCCACCCGCCCCCGCCGGCCUCAAGCCCGCGUUGAGCCCGGUGGAGCCGGCCGAACCGCAGGACGCGCUGGCCGCCUGCGAGAGCGACGAGGCCAAGAUGCGCCGGCAGGCCGGGGUGGCCGCCGCCGCGUCCCUGGCGUCCCUGGACGGGGAGGUGGAGAACGGCGGGGACGGCGGCACGCGCGCCCUGCGGCGGGAGGUGGGGCGGCUGCAGGCCGAGCUGGCGGCCGAGCGCCGGGCCCGGGAGCGCCAGGGCGCCAGCUUCGCCGAGGAGCGCCGCGUGUGGCUGGAGGAGAAGGAGAAGGUCAUCGAGUACCAGAAGCAGCUGCAGCUGAGCUACGUGGAGAUGUACCAGCGCAACCAGCAGUUGGAGCGGCGGCUGCGGGAGCGCGGGGCCUCGGGGGGCUCCAGCACGCCCACCCCGCAGCACAGCGAGGAGAAGAAAGCCUGGACGCCCUCCCGCCUGGAACGCAUCGAGUCCACCGAAAUCUGAUCCCCUAAGCUGGGCCUGUGGCCUUUGGACAGAAGCCUGGCGCCAAAGGCCAGAGUCCCCCCAGUUCCCUCCCGCCCCCAGCCAACCCCCGUCCCACCAUCUCUCAUCCCUGCGUCCCCCCAGACCCCCAGACCAAAGAGGUUCUCAAAAGCAGCUGUGACCGCCUCCCUUCCCUACCCUCUGGGCAGCCCUUGGCACCUCCUUCCCAGGAGGGAAGAGGGAGAGGGCAGAGUAAGUGGGGGCAAGCCCCCUCCCCCGCCCCCCACAGCACGGGAACCCACUUUUCUUGGAGACGGAGGCAGCAGCUUGCAGGCCGGGAGGUGGCCCAGCCCGUUGGGUCUGGGCCGCCCCCGUGGGCCACCCAGUGAUGUGUCUCCCUCAGCACCUGACGGAGGGGGCCGGCAGGGGCCUGCCCUGCAAAGCUGAUAAGCAGGCCUUGGGCUGCUCUCCUUCCUGGCCAUCUCCCUGCCUGGGCAGAGUGGCCGGUCAAGGAGCAGAUGGCUGCCCGUGGUUGAGAGGCUGUGCCCAGCCCUCCCCCCAAGGUCUCCUGAGCGCGUGUCCGCAAGUUUGUGUGGAGGAGAAAGGGCGGGGCUGGCGGCCGGCCACUUGCCCAGGCAACGGCUGCCCUCACGGGAAGGCUCGCCUGGAGGCGUCUUAGCUCCCCACCCCACCUUUCCGGCCUGGACCCACCGGGAUCUUCCAGGGAUCCCAGGGAUCCACACCGCUCUGUCUGCUUGGCUGACCCCACACCCAGGGCCCCUGUCCGGCUCUCGUUGCAGUGACGAGCUGCGCUCGCCCAGUUUCUGAGGUCCUAUGAGUGUCUGUGCCGUCUUCCGGUGUCCCACCCCCCUCUCUGAGCACCCCCUGCCUCGCCCCCAAACGCUUCCGCUUUUCUGCUCAGAAUAUCAUUGUCGCACACCGCCCCCGCCCCACACCUCACCUUUUUCCGGUAGGAAAUUCUGCUUGAUCUCUGGUGCACUGCCCACUCCCAACUCCCUGGGCCCAAGCCUGAGCCUGAGGCCCUCGUGUGGGCACCCCGGUUGGUGGUGGUUGUGAUUACCCUUGAAGAACAAGUCUGACCUGAGUGAGAGAGGAUCACUGGCCCUCCGAGUUUGCCCAGGGUGGGCCUGGCCUGACCCUCCCUGAGGGGUCCGGGUAGCCAGGGGCUCUUCCUCUCGAGGCCCUCUCAGAGGUCCACCUCCCCCAGACAGGAAGGGAAAGGCACAUUUCUAAUUCACCAGCAAUAAAAAUUGGAGGAGGCUUGGCCCUCAGCCCUUGUAUUUCUCUUUCCACUCUCUCCCACCCCCAAGAUUGGGUUUGGGGAUGGGGCAGAGUGGACUGAGUUGGCAACUACUGUGAGCAAGUGCCCCACCCCCUGACAAGCCUCCUCCCAUGACUGGUGACUGUUUAAUGAGCUGUGCGUGCCCCACAAAGCAGAAGUGGCCUCUGUGUGGCCUCUCGUCCUUGCACAGCGCCCCCGGGAGCCCGCACCCUCUCACUCAGAUGCACAGGGAGGUGGGGGGGUGCUAUCCCGGCAAUCACUGCCCGUCCCACUCACCCCUCACUGGGCCAGGACCAGAGGGGCAGGGGAAGAGAAGGCAUUAGUAAGAAAAAAAAAUAGACAAAAAAUAUGAACAGACUCAGCUUUGGGACUUCCAAUACAAAAGAAAUUAUAUAUAAAUAUAUAUAAAUAUAUAUCUCUACCAUAUGUGAUGGAAAGACUUCGUUUUCUUUUCCCAAAGAAAUAAAAUGGAGAAAGCCUCUUGAUGGCA